AUGGCAGACUUACCAGGGUAUAUACAAACCUGUUUGAACACAGGGAAACUUGUCUCGUUGGCAAUUUUGGUCUCUGGGGGAAUCGUCUUGCAAAUUUUGGCAUGUGCCUUGUAUAAUAAUUGGUGGCCGAUGCUAAGUGUGUUAACGUAUGUGCUUCUUCCAAUGCCUUUGCUGUUCUUUGCGGGGUCUAGUGAUUCUGUAUUCUCUGAAUCUGAUAAUAGCUGGGUGAAUUUUACCAAGUUUUUGACAGGAGCCUCGACCGUGGGAGGCAUCGCCAUUCCAAGCAUAUUAAAGCAUGCCGGGGUUAUCGGUUGGGGAGCCUUUGCAAUGGAACUCUCUUCCUACUUUGUGUUUGGACUGACAGUACUAUGUUACCUUUGGAUGAGUGAUGAAGAUGAUUACAGUAUCCUCUGA